CGCCUCCCUGGCACCAUGGCUCCGCCUCCCCCCUCCCCCUCCAUGGCGCCGCCCGGGCUCAUUCAUUUCGCCCCGGGCCUGCCAGACACCUGCGUUCUCCUUCUGCCGCCCGCGCCCGCUGCUGCCGCCGCCGCCGCCGCCGCCGCCGCCAGCAUGUCGGGCCCCACCGCGGAUACCCCGUCCGCCAUCCAGAUCUGCCGGAUCAUGCGGCCCGACGACGCCAACGUGGCCGGCAAUGUGCACGGAGGAACCAUCCUGAAGAUGAUAGAGGAGGCCGGAGCCAUCAUCAGCACCCGGCACUGCAACAGUCAGGACGGGGAGCGCUGCGUGGCCGCCCUGGCCCGGGUCGAGCGCACCGACUUCCUGUCGCCCAUGUGCAUCGGCGAGGUGGCACACGUCAGCGCGGAGAUCACCUACACGUCCAAGCACUCCGUGGAGGUCCAGGUCCACGUCAUGUCCGAGAACAUCCUCACAGGUAACAAAAAGCUGACCAAUAAAGCCACCCUGUGGUACGUGCCCCUGUCGCUGAAGAACGUGGACAAGGUCCUGGAGGUGCCACCAGUCGUGUACUCCCGGCAGGAGCAGGAGGAGGAGGGCCGCAAGCGCUACGAGGCCCAGAAGCUGGAGCGCAUGGAGACCAAGGGGAGGAACGGGGACAUCGUCCAGCCUGUCCUGAACCCAGAGCCAAACACGGUCAGCUACAGCCAGUCGAGCUUGAUCCACUUGGUGGGGCCUUCCGACUGCACCCUGCACGGCUUCGUGCACGGAGGUGUCACCAUGAAGCUCAUGGACGAGGUGGCCGGGAUCGUGGCCGCACGUCACUGCAAAACCAACAUCGUCACUGCUUCCGUGGACGCCAUUAACUUCCACGACAAGAUCCGAAAAGGCUGUGUCAUCACCAUCUCCGGCCGCAUGACCUUCACGAGCAACAAGUCCAUGGAGAUUGAGGUCUUGGUGGACGCUGACCCCGUGGUGGACAACUCCCAGAAGCGCUACCGGGCCGCCAGUGCCUUCUUCACCUACGUGUCCCUGAGCCAGGAGGGCAAGUCUCUGCCUGUGCCCCAGCUCCUGCCUGAGACUGAGGACGAGAAGAAGCGCUUCGAGGAGGGCAAAGGGCGGUACCUGCAGAUGAAGGCGAAACGGCAGGGCCAGGUGGAGCCGCAGCCCUAGACGCCCCCCUCCUGCCGCUGGGGCCUGGAGCUGCCCCCAGUGUCUGAUCGCUUAGAAGUUACCCCUCGGCCAAGAACCCCAGUCACGUUGACAGCUGGUGUUGUGUGAAGUAUUGUCUCGCAGUGUUAUUUAACCUGUUAUUUAAUCCUGAGAACCUGUACACACCAAAGCUUUCUUUCUAUCAUUCCAGUGUAAAUGCUACACGGUAUCGUCCUGGCGCCCCGAGGCGCUCCCUGCGGAGUCCGGGGCACACACUGUACGGUGUGGAAAGAAUCCAGCAUCACUAAUAAAGCUGCUGUUUGGCUGGA